AUGGAAAGAGGAAACCAAACAGGAACUGGAAACUUCAUCCUACUGGGAUUCACAGAUGACUCUGACCUGCAGUCCCUCCUUUUUGGUCUGCUCCUAUCCAUGUACCUGGUCACUGUGCUGGGGAACCUGCUCAUCAUCCUGGCCACCAUCUCAGACUCCUGCCUACACAUGCCCAUGUACACCUUCCUCUCCAACCUGUCCUUGGAUGACAUUGGUUUCACCUCCACCACCAUCCCCAAGGCUCUGAGGAACAUCCAGACGCAGAGCAGAGUUAUCACCUUUGCAGGCUGCAUCUCACAGAUUUAUUUUUUUAUUGUUGUGUUUGGAUGCCAGGACAAUAUGCUCCUGACAGUGAUGGCCUAUGACCGCUUUGUGGCCACCUGUCACCCCCUGCAUUACAUGGCCAUCAUGAACCCACGACUCUGUCUGAUCAUGACUCUGAGGUCCUGGUUGAUCAGUGUCCUGGGUGCCCUUCCAGAAUCCAUGACCAUCCUGAGGCAGUCAUUCUGCUCAAACAUGGAGAUACCUCAUUUUUUCUGUGAUCUUACUCAUGUUCUGAAGCUCACCUGCUCUGACACUCUCAUCAAUAACAUUGUGAUGCACUCAGUGACAAUUGUCCUCAGUGUUUUCCCUCUCACUGGCAUCCUCCUCUCCUAUUCUCAGAUUUUCUCCUCCAUCCUGACGAUCUCAUCGGACAGAGGCAAGUACAAAGCCUUUUCCACCUGUGGGUCUCACCUCUUGGUGAUCUCCUUGUUCUAUGGCACUGGCCUUGCAGUCAAACUCAGUUCUGUAGCCACACUGCCUUCAAGGAUAAGUGUGAUAGACUCAGUGAUGUACACCAUGGUCACCCCCAUGCUGAACGCUUUCAUCUAUAGUCUGAGGAACAGGGACAUCAAGGUGGCCCUGGGGAGAGUCCUCAGCAAGAUGGUGCCUCUCAGAGAGAGUAUGGAUGCAUGUCUCCUAUGA